AUGUCAUCUGGUAAUUAUCGAGCAAGUUUUGCAAAACGAAAUAAAGUAAAAUGUAGAGUGUGUCUGAGGUUCUGCUUCAAAACUAUCGAGUUCACAUACAACGUCAGCACUCAGAAGUAAAACCAAAUGACUUGCGUCCUGCAUGCCAGUCUUUGAUUGUAUCCUUUUUCAAUCGAGUGGAUGGUCCAGUUGGAAGAAAGAGGGUUCGAAACGAUGAAGAAAAUAACGAAGCAAAGAGAGCCUUUGAAGAAACAAUUGAGCCCACUUGCACUGAUGACCUUGGUGAUCCCCAUGGCGAGUUCACCAAGUUGGCAAUGACAGUUGUGGCGCCAGAGGUUUCUGAAGACCAGACGUCAGAUCUAGAAAGUAAUCUCGAGUCUGAAGCCACAGUAGCGAUUGACGCCAAACAAACCCCUUACUUAUUGUCACAAAUCAAUGAGAAACUGGAUAGUCUGUCGCUUAAACUCCAUGAGAUGCGUGGUAAUUCCAAUCUGACACUGGAUCAUAGCGGCGAUGAUAGUGCCGCAUUAUAUACGUCCUCACCUCGUGAAACAGUUCUGCCAGAUAACUUUUUGAUGAAUAGCUGCUGA